AUGCAUGAAGCAUAUCAAGUUUCGUCUUUACUAAAAGUUACACAUCAAGUUGAAUCAAUAGCAGCGUAUGAUGAUAAUCUACUUGUUGGUACAAGGCAGGGCCAUUUAUGCAUGUACAGUGUACUUCGAAAUGAUGAUAAUUGCGAAGUUCAAUUGAUGAGAUAUAACAAAUCUUUUAGCAAGAAGCCAGUUCAACAGUUGGAAGUCAUUCAAGACCAGAAUUUACUUGUUAGCCUUUCAGAUAAUUUGAUACAAGUUCAUGAUCUGGGUGCUAUUCAUUUCACCACUCUACACCAAGUGCAAAAAUCCAAAGGAGCUACAGUGUUUACUAUUAAUAUUAUGAAAGAGAAAUCAAUGACUGGCGAGGUAGUUAAUUUAGUUCGUAUGGCUGUUGCUGUGAAAAGAAAAAUACAACUGUAUUAUUUAAAAAAUAAUGAGUUUUUGCAAUUAAUGGAAGACAUCAAUUUAAAUGAUAUACCAAAAUCUAUGGUUUGGUGUCAAGAAGCUCUUUGUAUUGGCUACAAAGGAGAAUAUGCACUUCUGGAAUUAAAUGGUAAACAAUCUUCACUAUUUCCAACGAGCAGUACUAGAUUGAAUGAACCAUGUAUGACGCGAGUUUCUGAUACAACAUUUGCACUGUGCAGGGAAACUCAAACAGUUCUAGUCAAUGUGAAAGGCGAAACGGAAAGAAAUAAAGCUUUAAGAUGGUCUGAUAUUCCAAUUACGUUAGCUUGGGACGAACCUUACGCUUUAGGAAUUUUAAACGAUUCUAUAGAGGUGCUUACUUUGGAACCUAAUGGCCUAGUCCAAACGUUAAAUGAUCUACAGAAAGUAAGAUUUAUCGUUGCCGCACAACAAGGCGUAUUGUAUGCAGCUUCCAUAAGUCAAAUAUGGAGUAUUCAAGCAGUGGAUAUAGAGAAACAAAGAGAAAGCCUUGUUGCUGCAAAACAGUUUCAACUUGCAUUAAAACUGACUCAAAUGUCAAAAGAAUCCGAAGAUGAAAAGCAAGAGAAAAUUCAUCACAUCCAAACAUUGCUGGCGUAUGAUCUAUUUCACAAGAAACAAUUUCACGAAAGCAUGAAAGAAUUUCUGAAAUUAGAAACCGAUGCAUACGACGUAAUUCGAUUGUUUCCUGAUUUAUUGCCACAACAACAGCAAGGAACCGAAGUUCCAGAACCAACUAGAGAUUUAACAGAAACAGAACAUGAAACAAGUCUUUUGGCUCUUAUUGAUUAUUUGACAGAGAUGAGACAUGGUUUGAAGACAACAGAUGUACAGGCAAAUAUUAAUGCCAGUGGCAACCUCAGUGAUAAAGUCACCAAUAAAUCCACUAAUCAGUUGCUGCAGAUCAUUGACACAACUUUACUAAAAUGUUAUCUACAAACAAACGACGCAUUAGUUGUGCCUUUGAUCAGAUUAAACCGUUGUCACUUUGUUGAGACGGAAAAGAUAUUGAAGAAAAUGGGAAAACAUAACGAACUCAUCAUAUUAUAUCAAACAAAAGGACAACACAGAAGAGCCUUAGAAUUGCUUCAAUCUGAAGGUAGCAUAGAACGAAUAGUUGGAUAUUUACAACAUUUAGGAUCCGAGAAUAUGGGUUUAAUUCUCGAUAUUGCCGAUUGGGUAUUAAAUGAGUCGCCUGAAGAAGGUCUAAAGAUCUUUACUGAGGAUGUAGCAGAAGUAGAAUCGUUUCCUCGACCUCGUAUUCUCGAUUUUCUUCUUAAAUCGCACAAGUCCGUAGUUAUUCCUUAUUUAGAACACGUGGUUCAUAUUUGGAAAGAUACUAAUCCAUUAUUUCACAACGCAUUGAUUCACCAGUAUCGAGAAAAGUUAGUUGCUGAAGGCCCGACAGCUUCCGAGCCUACAAGAAAAAAGUUGUUACAAUUUUUAGAAAAUAGUAAACAAUACACUGCUGAGAACAUACUGAGCAGUUUUCCUACUGAUGUAUUGCUAGAAGAGAGAGCCGUUAUUCUCGGAAGACUUGGUAAACACGAGCAAGCUGUUACAAUUUACGUUAGAGCUUUAGGGGAUAUAGAAAAGGCUGAGAAAUACUGCAAAAAAGUUUUUGAAAAUAAUGCACCUGGAAGCCAAAAUGUUUACGUAUCUCUCAUAAAACUUAUCUUGGAUCCAGACAGUUGUCCUCUUUCACUUCCUGGUCUGACUCUGUCUCCAAAAACUGCCCAGCCUGACGUUGAAUUGGCUUUACGACUAUUACAAGAAAAUGCAAAUCACAUGAAUCCUUUGGAAGCUCUCUUUAUACUUCCUGACAAUAUUCCUGUUUCUAGAAUUCAUAAGUUUUUACUAGUCGCUAUGCAGAAGGUCACCCAAGAAAGAAGGAAUAUGCAAUUGAUGAAAGGAUUGCUAUACGCUGAACAUUUACAAUGCCAAGAAAUGAAAUUAAAACUGCAGAGUCAGCAUGUAUUAGUUACUGAGUUUAAUGUUUGUCCAGUGUGUAGGAAACGAUUUGGAAAUCAAAGCGCUUUGGUACGGUAUCCCAAUGGAGAUGUGGUUCACUACUCUUGUCAAGACAAAAAGUGA